UCUUUUCCCUCCUUCCCAGCUGGUGACCAACCAGAAGCCCCCUAUGUAGAGUGUGAAGGCCGCGAUCUUCUCUCCUGUUGCUCUGCUCACCUUUCAUCUGCAAAUGGCUGCUAAAAUUGGAGAGAUUCCUCACUUGAACAAUUCCACACCACUUGUGGACCCCUCAGUCUACGGCUACGGAGUAAAAAGGCCCCUGGAUGACGGAAGUCUUCGUGUAAGUUGGCUCCCUGGAGCACAGAUAAGAGAGACCCAGAGAAUAGGUAACCAGUUAGGGGCCCUGGUACAUCAAAGGGCAGUAAUAACCGAAGAAUUCAAAGUGCCUGACAAAAUGGUUGGAUUCAUUAUUGGCAGGGGUGGUGAGCAAAUCUCUCGGAUUCAGGCAGAGUCAGGCUGCAAAAUUCAGAUUGCGCCAGAUGGAGGUGGAAUGGCUGAAAGACCCUGUGUGCUCACCGGCACGCCAGAGAGCAUUGAACAAGCCAAACGGCUCUUGGGACAGAUCGUGGACCGUUGCCGGAACGGACCCGGCUUCCACAACGACGUGGACGGCAGCAGCACGAUCCAGGAGAUCCUCAUCCCGGCGUCCAAAGUGGGCCUGGUCAUUGGCAAAGGCGGAGAAACGAUAAAGCAACUCCAGGAACGAACAGGCGUGAAAAUGAUUAUGAUCCAAGAUGGCCCUUUACCGACUGGAGCGGAUAAACCUCUUCGGAUUACUGGCGAUGCUUUUAAAGUACAGCAAGCGAGGGAGAUGGUACUGGAGAUCAUCCGAGAGAAAGACCAGGCGGACUUCCGAGGUGUACGCAACGACUUCACUUCCAGAAUGGGAGGAGGUAGCAUAGAGGUGUCUGUCCCCCGGUUUGCUGUGGGAAUUGUAAUAGGAAGAAAUGGAGAAAUGAUCAAAAAGAUCCAGAAUGACGCUGGUGUCAGGAUUCAGUUUAAGCCAGAUGAUGGGAUUAGUCCCGAAAGAGUGGCGCAAGUCAUGGGUCUCCCUGACCGGUGCCAGCAUGCAGCUCACAUAAUGAACGAGCUCAUCCUUACUGCACAGGAGCGUGACGGUUUUGGAACCCUGGCUGUAACUAGAGGCCGAGGCCGCGGCCGCGGCGACUGGAGCGUUGGCACUCCGGGGGGCAUACAGGAAGUCACCUGCACCGUGCCAGCAGACAAGUGUGGCCUGGUCAUCGGCAAAGGUGGAGAAAAUAUCAAGAGCAUAAACCAGCAGUCGGGGGCCCACGUGGAGCUGCAGAGAAAUCCGCCUCCUAACACAGACCCCAAUGUUCGGAUAUUCACCAUCCGGGGUGUCCCCCAACAGAUCGAGCUUGCAAGACAUCUCAUAGACGAGAAAGUUGGUGGUACCAGCCUGGGAGGACCUGGAGGAUUUCCGCAGAGUCCCUUCAGCCAGCCACCAGCUACGCCCCAUCAAAACGGCCCACAGGCCUUCAUGACGCAGGGCUGGGGUGGCACUUACCAGACGUGGCAGCAACCCGGACAGCAGGUUCCGAGUCAACAGAACCAGCAGCAGAACAGCCAGCCGGACUAUAGCAAAGCCUGGGAAGACUAUUACAAGAAACAGAGUCACGCUGCCACUGCUGCUUCCCAAGCAAGCUCCCAGCCAGACUACACGAUGGCCUGGGCGGAAUAUUACAGACAGCAGGCGGCCUAUUAUGGGCAAACAUUAGGGCAAACCCAGGCCCACAACCAGGAGCAGUAGAACAAGACCCCUGACUCUUUAUUUCGUUUCCUCCCCUCUUUCUCCCUCACUCUCUCUUCUUUCUCUCUCGGAAUCAUUGUGGAAGCAAACCUUUUUUGUAACAGAGGUUUCUAGAUUUGCAACAUUUUGAUGAAGACUUUGUUUUUUGUGAAACACCUAGUUAGGAUAAUCUGUACUGAACUUUUUCUAAGAAUCAGGAACAAUUUGCUAUGUGUACUAAACUUUAUGGACAUGCUGGGUAAUUUUUCUUUGGUUUAAUUAUUAUUUUUUGGCUUUUUCUUUCCAAAUUUAUAAGAAAAAAAAGAGGAAAAAAUAAACGAAACUCCGGGAUACUUUUUUUUUUUUGGAGAGAAGCUGGUCUAAGCUGCAACCGGCAUUGAAACCUACCCCAGAGCUACUAUGACAUUUCAACAAGUGUUCUUUUUGUGUGUUUUUCCCCCUCCUUUCCUCCUUUGUGUUUUAAUUUUAAAUUUUUUCUGUUGUAACAGAAAAAGGCUUGGAAGUCUUAGGUGGUAUGUAACAAAUUCUAAAAAAUAUGAAAUUUUUAAAAAACAGUAUUUAAAUAUUCUUAAAUAUGUAAAUUCAUUAAAUAUUUUACUUCUGAAUUACCUUGUACCUUGGGCUGUCUUUUUUUGAUUUUAUUGCAUUUUUUAAAAGAAACUGAACUAUGGUAUGUAUUGUAAUUAAUUAUGUGAAUUCUUUAUCAAGACAGUUACUGUUUGCUGUCAGGCUGGUUAUUGUGGGGGGGAAUUUUGUAGGGGCUGUAUAAUUUCUAGAGAUCUAAAGGGGUAAUAUAAAAAUGUGUUAAUUUUUUAGCAAUGCUAUUUUUCUUUCCAUGUCUCCACUGUUGGUUGCAUUUGUGUAUCUAAGACCUCCAAGCUUGUCUAAAAAAACAAACAAAUACCUUUUGUCUAUUUCAGAAAUAAAUACUGUUAUUUUUAAUAUUAAGAUGAAACUGCUAUUAGUACCUUUAACAAACACUGUGGAACAUUAAAUCAUAUAAAAUAGUAGUAACUAUUUUUUAAUUCCAGGGUGUGUGUUGCUUUUUUUUCCAUUUUUGUUUUUUGUUUUUAAGUAUUUUCUUAUCUUAAUAUUUGUCAAAAUUUACUUAGAGAAAUAAAAUUAAAUCUAGUAUUAACCACAGGUAUGCGCUAAAUAAUUUUUUGAUUUAAUAAAAGGGAUAAUAUGGUUUCCAAUGUUUACUGUAGUGUUUUCUUGUACAGAUAACAGUGUAUUUUUAAAGGAGAAAAAAAAACGGAAGUAAAGCUAUUUUUUCUUGACAUUUUUAAUUGACCUGCGGGACAUUCCGUUUUGACUUGUAAUGAAGUUACUGUUCUAGGGUCCCUUUCCCCCCUUAUUUCUUUAUAAUGCUUGAAAUGUCUAACUAUACCGAAACACAAUUGGAUAAUGUUGCGCAUGAUGGUCUUUUAAACAAAAAUGUUCUUUUUAUUUGACUGACAGUUGGAUUUUACACUCUCUCUAUAAUAAAAAAAAAAUUCCACAAGGUAACUUGUGGGUUAAGUAUUAAA